CGAAGUAAACAAACAAAAAUCAAUCGACUCUAAAAAAAAUCAUCAAAAACUCCUAAAAAUGACUCGCCACGCUCGAAAUAGUACUGCCGGAGCUGUUUACACGUAUCACGAGAAGAAAAAGGACGCAUCUAGUGGCGGAUAUGGCACGAAUUCAGCUCGCAUUGGCAAAGAUUCAGUGAAAAACUUUGAUUGUUGCUCCUUAACUCUCCAACCGUGUGCAAAUCCCGUCAUCACUAAAGACGGAGUUUUGUUUGACAAAGAAGCGAUUCUGCAAUACAUUUUGACGAAAAAAGAAGAAUACAAUCGCAAAAUGAAGGAAUACGAGAAACAAUUGAAAACCGACGAGGAAGAACAAAAUGAAAUCGCAAACGCCGAAGAAAACAAACGCAUUGAAAAAUUCAUCAGCACGGAGAAAAAUAUCGUCUCAACCGCUAAAAUUGGCUCAAAACUGCCUGAACCAGGAACCAGUUCAAGUACAAUCUCCAACAUGUCGAACGGAAAACACAAACAACUUCCCAGCUUUUGGGCUCCAUCCGAAACUCCCGACGCGAAACGAGCAAAAAUUGAAAAACCCGAUAAGCAAGUUUAUUGUCCCAUCACCAACAAGCCGAUCAAAGUCAAAGAUCUCAUUGACGUCAAAUUCACCCUCGUUAAUGACGAUGACAAGGACAAAAAGUCGCUCAUUAUCAAGGAAGCG